GAACCCCAGCUAAUUCCCAGGCAUCUGCUGAGUUCCUUUGCACUCUGAACCAACCAUCGCAUUGAUUGACUGCUGCCCCUUGUGUUCGGUAUCUCAUGUAGUAGAAGAGAAGUUUGGUUUGGUUGAGAUGUCUGCUGCGUUGCGUUUGCUCCACUGCUCCAGGUCAGGCACGUUUGGGGUCAACAGCCCUGGCUUGGUUCAAUACUUCAGCCACAGUUUGCAAAGGGAGACGUACAAGUAUGUGAAUGCUAAUGAGCUGCCCGUUGAUAUGAAGUCCAUCACAGACAGAGCUGCUCAGACUCUGUUGUGGACCGAGCUCUUCAGAGGAUUGGGCAUGACCAUGAGUUACCUUUUCCGCGAGCCAGCGACCAUCAACUAUCCCUUUGAGAAGGGGCCCCUGUCUCCUCGUUUCCGUGGGGAACAUGCUCUUCGUCGGUACCCUAACGGGGAGGAACGUUGCAUCGCCUGUAAGCUCUGUGAGGCGGUCUGCCCUGCCCAGGCCAUUACCAUUGAGGCCGAGACCCGGGCAGAUGGGAGCAGGAGAACCACUCGCUACGACAUUGACAUGACCAAGUGCAUCUACUGUGGCUUCUGCCAGGAGGCAUGCCCGGUGGACGCCAUUGUGGAGGGUCCAAACUUUGAGUAUGCCACAGAGACCCAUGAGGAGUUGCUCUACAACAAAGAGAAGCUGCUUAACAAUGGAGAUCAGUGGGAGACAGAAAUUGCUGCCAACAUACAGGCAGACUACCUGUAUAGAUAGACCAUCAUAUAGCCUGACUACCUGUAUUGAUAGACCAUCAUAUAGCCUGACUACCUGUAUGGAUAGACCAUCAAAUAGCCUGACUACCUGUAUGGAUAGACCAUCAUAUAGCCUGACUACCUUUAUAGAUUGACCAUCAUAUAGCUUGACUACCUGUAUGGAUAGACCAUCAUAUAGCCUGACUACCUGUAUGGAUAGACCAUCAUAUAGCCUGACUACCUGUAUGGAUAGACCAUCAUAUAGCCUGACUACCUGUAUAGAUAGACCAUCAUAUAGCCUGACUACCUGUAUUGAUAGACCAUCAUAUAGCCUGACUACCUGUAUGGAUAGACCAUCAUAUAGCCUGACUACCUGUAUGGAUAGACCAUCAUAUAGCCUGACUACCUGUAUGGAUAGACCAUCAUAUAGCCUGACUACCUGUAUAGAUAGACCAUCAUAUAGCCUGACUACCUGUAUUGAUAGACCAUCAUAUAGCCUGACUACCUGUAUGGAUAGACCAUCAUAUAGCCUGACUACCUGUAUGGAUAGACCAUCAUAUAGCCUGACUACCUGUAUAGAUAGACCAUCAUAUAGCCUGACUACCUGUAUAGAUAGACCAUCGUAUAACCUGACUUCCUUUAUAUGCAGAACAUCAGAUAAAUAGCAAUUUUAGAGGCUAACCACCAAUACAUUGCAUAACACAAAUACUAACAAAGCAAUAGAUGAAGUUGUCCUAGUGCCAACGGCAAAAAAACACGCACAAAUGUUUAUUUGAAGCGCACACGUCUGCAAAAAUUAAAACAUUUAGUUAAUAAUGGACUUGAUGUAACUGUUUUAAACUUGAAAUGUAUUUAUUAUUUAUGACAAAAAGUAAAUGGAUAAGUUUUGAA